AUGCUCCGGCGACGUCAUGGCAGUAGUAGUGCUCAGUUCAAGCCGUUUAUUCUACCUGUAAAGUCCACAUCUUCAUUGAUUCAUACACAGAAUAAUGAUCAAGAUGUGUCUGAAGAUGAAGAUACAGUUAAUACCCGUCAAGCGCUUCGUACUGGUGCAUCGUUAUCCGUCAAGCGCCUUCCAUUUCUACCGUUCCUGUGUAUGGAACCAGAACGUCGCGAAAAGCACAUACGACGUCCAUUUAAAUCUCCGUGUGUAGAAGGAGGACGAUCUCAAGAGAGUAAUCGACUAUUGCAUGUCAAGACACUUGGGAUGCGACGUCGCUGGGGCUCUACCGCUGUAAAGCCCAUGGUGCGUCACGAUCUACCUCCUGUUGAAGUGAAUGUGGAGGAAAUGGAGACGUCCGUGGCGUUAAAAUUGCUAGAAAAAGAGGAAAUUGCAGCUGUAGUUCCUGUGCCUGAUGCUCCACCACCUCUUGUGUUGUGGCAGAGCAAUACAGACCCUGAUGUGAAAGUAGUGGUACCUGAGAUUGUAGGCAAAUUCUUAAGGCCUCAUCAACGAGAAGGUGUGCAGUUUAUGUUUGAUUGUGUAUGUCAAGUAAAAGGAUUUGAUGGACAAGGAUGCAUCUUGGCUGACGAUAUGGGUUUGGGUAAGACUUUACAGAGUAUCACAUUGAUGUAUACGCUAUUUAAGACGGGCAUGGAUAUGAAGCCAACCGUAAAUCGAGCAAUUGUGGUAUGUCCAACAUCGCUAGUAAAAAAUUGGGACGAUGAGAUCAUUAAAUGGCUGCACGGGCAUGUCAAGACAGUGGCUCUAUUCGAAGCAAAGCGUGAGACCGUGAUCAAAGGCAUUAAUCAGUUUAUUGAUGGAAGUAAAAGACCACGUCCUGGGAUUUCUGCACAAGUAUUGAUCAUAUCGUACGAAACCUUUCGCAUGCACGCAGAGAAAUUUGCCGAUACACCAGCCUGCUGUGAACUGCUGAUAUGUGAUGAAGCACAUCGACUUAAGAAUGCCAACUCGCAGGUUAACAAAGCGUUAUCUUCCUUGGCAUGUCGCAGGCGUCUGCUCUUGUCUGGUACGCCGAUGCAAAAUGAUUUGGAGGAGUUUUUUGCAAUGGUGGAUUUUACAAACCCGAACAUACUCGGCACGCCAAGCGAGUUUCGGAAGAAAUUUUUGGGACCGAUCUUGGUUGGAAGAGAACCGGACUCGACGGAUCGUGAGCGAAGUGUGGCACAGUCGUGCUCAGCUGUGCUUUGUGAAACUGUUAAUCAAUUUAUUUUGCGUCGAGGCAACAUUCUCAACGCAAAGCACCUACCGCCAAAGUUAAUGCAGGUAAUUUGUUGUCCACUGUCCCCGCUGCAAGAGCAGCUCUACAAGCAUUUUCUGUCGUCCAGUGCAUGUCGUGAUAUGAUGAAACGAAAGAGUGUCAACGUUCUGUCAUCUAUUACCGCAUUGAAAAAGUUGUGCAACCACCCUCUGCUCAUUUUUGAUGAAAUGGGGAAGACCAACACCAAGCUGCCUGGAUUUAGCAACUGCGCGCAAUACUUUGCAGAGGCAAAGGAAUCUAGUAAUAGUAGGAGCGAUGAUAAUCGGCAUCGACGAGGAAGCUUUGGCGCGCGCACAUGCUAUCCAGAAUGGUCUGGAAAGAUGCUUCUACUUGAUCGCUUGAUGAUUGCUAUGAGGAAAACAACAACAGACCGCAUCGUAAUCGUGUCCAACUACACGCAGACCUUGGAUGUUGUAUCGACCCUGUGCCGAGAGCGACAAUUGCCGUUUGUUCGUUUGGAUGGAACUACUUCUGCCAAGAAACGUAAGAAACUUGUCGACACGUUUAAUGACCCGACAACCAACUCGUUUGCCUUCCUGUUGUCAAGUAAAGCUGGAGGAUGUGGUUUGAAUCUGAUUGGCGCGAACCGGUUGGUACUUUUUGAUCCUGAUUGGAACCCUGCGACAGACAAACAAGCUGCUGCUCGUGUAUGGCGCGAAGGGCAGAAAAAGAUGUGCUAUGUGUACCGCUUCCUGGCGACAGGGACACUUGAAGAGAAGAUUUUCCAGCGGCAGCUGUCCAAAGAAGGUCUUCAAAAUAUUGUUGACGAUAAAGAGGAGGUGAACUCGUUAUCUUCAAAAGAUCUGAAGCGGCUGUUUGUGUUCCGGGAAGAUACGAUGUCUGAUACUCAUGAUCAGCUGAAAUGCGAUCGUUGCAAGUGGCAAGAUGACGACAAUGAUAGUAGUAGAGACAAUUCCUCUAUAAUUACGAUUGAUGACGACGAUGGAAACAGUAAGGAGGCAACAAGCGAUGUUUUAUCUGAAAGAGACACAACAAGCGAUGAAGAAACUAGCAGCGACAUGGUGAAGAGCUAUCACCAGCAAAUUGGCAUGCCGUCGGAAGAGGAUUUGAAUAGUUGGGGCCACCACCGUUCUUACGCUUCUGUUGACGACGAAGUGAUGCAAUCAGCUCUGCAGCAGGUACAAAAUGACUUGGUGAGUUUUGCUUUCAGCUGCCGCAUUGAUUGGGAGUUGCUUCAGGAGGACCAAGCUGAAAAUGGAGAAAAGGAAAUUCAGCGUGACGAGGAGCGAAAGCGUAAACGCCUGGAAAUUAUUGAAUCCACAAACAUAGAGUGGGCGAAGGACGGCAGCAAACCCAAACGCUCCAAACGGAAGAAUAAAGCGGUUGUUAAUGAAUCGGACGAAUUGGAACUUGACUAUUCGAGUCAGAGCGAUGAAGGUGACGACGAAAGUGGCAAAGUCCUUGGCGAGAGUGCAAUAGAGAGCGAUGGUGACGGCGCACCUCAUGUGACCUCAAGGCGCAGCACUUUGGAAUCUGAAGUAGAUGUAUCAUGCAGUACAAUGCCCCACGUGUUACCAACCACGUCAGUGGCUUCCUCUCAAUCAGCAGGACCAACAUUAAAGAGGAAUGUGACCUUUGCGCCAGAGGUUAAUGCAGACUCAUGGUCGCCAAAGACGCUCAAAGUGAGUGAGUUUUCAGAUUCCGAUGACGAAGAAGCCUUUGUUGAGAAUGUUUUGAGUGACCAGCGCUGCGUGAGAGAUCAGGUCAUCGAUACAAAGGAAAAGCAAAUAGUGCAUGAGGUCCAGCCUGCGUGGAGCUGUUCACGAUGCACACUCAUCAAUCCUGCAACUAGUAUCAAUUGCUCAAGCUGCGGUCUUCGUUAUCGACGGUCCCGUCCUCAAAUCAUUCAUUUAAGCGACGAUGACGCUCAAGACUAG